GGGCAUUUUCAUCAUUCGAACUUGCAUUCUUUUUCGCUGGCCGAGAAAACUACUGUCAAUCUUUUCAGAUAUUUGCAUUGAUUCGCUGCGUGCAAAACGCGACCGAGGAAGAUUUUCGCGAUUCGGGAGUGAACGGAUUUCUGUUGUGCGUAAAUAAAUAUUCGCCACUACGCGCUUCGUUGCGAACUACAGAAUCCUUUCGAGAAAAAAGGUAUAGCUACCCUACGAGGAUUUCUUGGAAAGUGUGGAUUCGAAGAAAAAAAUUGCUUAUUUUUUUGGCAGUGAUCACAGGAAAAAUCAAAAAUUUUCCUGUCCCUAAACCACACAACAGUUGAGCGAUUUGUCUCCCCCGCGCUUUGUUUAGUCCUCUAGCGUUGUAGGAUAACGCAACGCAAGGCCAGCUUGGAAAUAAUAGUUAGGCUGCCCAUACAUUUCUGACGGAAGCGGAUCGCCCCAAACCGGAACCAAAGUGUUGGGUAUAUUGUGCGUAGGAUUUUUCCUGCUCUGCCUUUGCGCUGCUGCUCUAACGUUUGGCUUCUUGAGGGACUGGAUUCCGCUGGGGUUAGCUGCCAUCCGUGAGAGUCCGCCUGGGGGCGUCACAUUCGACAGCAUGGGAGAACACGCCGUACAGCAGCAGGGCCAAGCAACUUCGAGCGAACAGCAACCGGAGGGUGCAGCUGGAACUUCCGGGCAGCAGCAGCCGGAAUCCGCUGAAAGUCAACGGGACCUGCGCGAAAUUUGCCAGCUGCUAUGGGGUUCCACCAUCAAACAGGAGGUUUUCCGCCGCUGGUCCCAAGGCUUCGGCUUUAGCGAGUCGGAACCGUCCGCUCUGGUACAGCGAGAUGGAGGACCGUGUUGCGUCAUUGCCCCGGUCCAGGCCUAUCUGCUGAAGAUACUGCUGAUGGAAACACCCGGUCACAGUUUCAGCGACUUGACGACCGAUAAGUGCAAAACGUUGCUCAUACAGGCCAUCUGUCAGAUUCUGAUGAAGUGCAAAACGAGCAAGUAUCGGAUUGUGAAUCUUCGCUCCCGGCCCACGGUAGCUGCCGCGAACAUUCCUAUCCAGGAAGCAGACGGCGAUGCCGAGAUGGUGGAUGCACUGGAGAAUGUCCCACCGAAUGAGACGGACAUCGAGCAGGGUAUCGAGGCAGCGACCGCUCAGAACCAAGCAACGAGUGUCAGCAGUGGUGAUGGGGAAUCAUCUUCCGGUGGCUUUUCCAGUGAGCCCUGCACACCGGAGGCAUUUCACGAGAGGCUAGCCGUCACGGAACUGGAGCAGAUCGACGAUGUGGAAAAGUAUUACGCCGGCAACUUUCAUUUGCUGGCGGACGAGUGUGGUGUGUUGUUGCUGCUGUACACCGUUCUGCUGACCAAGGGUCUGGAGAGCGUUCUCAGCGAAGUAUCGGACACCUCCGAGCCUCUCAUACAUGGAACCUACGGUUACGGUAGCCAGGCGUUGAUCAAUCUCAUGUUGACGGGACGUGCCGUCCCCUACGUUUGGGACAACGAGCAAGACGUCGGAGGCUUGAAGCUGAAAGGCAUAACCCAGCAGUCGGAUAUCGGCUUCAUCACCCUGAUGGAACAGAUGCAAUAUUGUACCGUCGGGUUUUUCUACAAGAAUCCCAAAAGCCCUGUCUGGGUUAUGGGAUCGGAAACGCAUCUAACGGUGUUGUUCAGCAACGAGAAACGGCUCGUUUCACCGGAAACACCGAGCGAAGUGGCCCGGCGAGUGUUCCGCCAAUUCGAUACCGAAGGGAGCAACUUCAUCCCAAGUCCGCUGCUACAGGAUGUGUUGUGCGCAUUGGACCUGGUCAGCGAACCGGAGUAUGUCGAUCUGAUGCGCAAAAAGUUGGACCCCGAAAGCCUCGGUAUCAUACUGCUAAACGAGUUCAUGUACGAGUUCUUCCCAACAGAAAAGAAAUCGAUGCCCGAUUCGUUCGAUCUGCUGCACUACAAUGGCAUCCCGAAUUCCAACUGGGAAAACCGAGUGCGGUACAACAAAGGCCAUGCCAUUCUGCUGGAAAGCGACGUGCGGAUGUGCAACCCUUCGGAUCCGAUGCUGACCUGCCUUCAGACCAAGUGGCCCAACAUCGAAGUCAACUGGAUCGAUCUGCGGACACCAUCACUGAAUUGACCUGUCUGACCAGAAAGCACAGGUGACGCAAAAUGUUAUCGCCGUCAAGUAUGUAUAACACACGUUCGGUAAACGAGUUGCGAACUACCAUAAUAUGACAAACAACCCCAAAGUGAUGAAAACGAAAACAAACCAACCAAAACGCCAAUUCCUCCCCCAUUCGUCGGAAUAUUCGCUUGUGAAUAUCUCGCCUAACAAAUUACAUACGCGCUUACUUGUGUGCGUGCCCGUACGUUUGUUGAACUUACACAAAUUUUAAAAGCCUCCUAGCUUAAGCGUUUUCCCCUAUAUUAUGCAUUAACCGUUCAGAACAAUAGCAGAGAUCCCAAGCUCCAUAAACAUCCCCUCACACCAUAUAAAAAUGGAAUAACCAAAAUUAAACUCUCACUGACACACAGCGAAAAAAGCAAUCAACACACAAAAUACCGAUAACAAAAUACAAAAAAAAACUCAAACUUUGAACUAACUUGAACCGAAUAAAACACAGUUUAUAGCUUAUCUGUACCACUUGAGAAGACAACAAAAAAUCAUUAGUAAAACAGCAAAAUUGCACAUAAAUUAGCAGCAGGAAAACAAAAUCCAAACACUACCAGGCAACCAGAAAAGAGAAUAGAAUCUACAGAGAUUUCUUUAGAAAAAAUACAAGCAUUUGCCACAGGAAAAAUUACCAACCAUCUUUAUUAGUGUAGCGCAAUAAAGCAGCUAUCGCUAGCUGGCAUUAGUAAGUACCACAUACCUACAAAUUAUUAGCCCAGCUUUAGAGACCCAAUCGAAAUCAAUCGGCUUGUUCGGGAGAAUACAACCUACAUACACCUACACAUAGAUGCGAAGUGACCUGCAUAAUAUCGGAAAAGAAACGAAAAAAAAACAAGAGAAAUCACAUGGUUAUACCUAAUAGAGAACUGUAGAAAGUAGUUUGUACAAAAACAAAGGCAGAAAGCACCGGAGACCAGUGGUGAGUUCAUCAACUGUUUGUUUCAUUCAACCAUGCGAAACAUUUACCUACUUACUGUAUAGGUAAAUUUUCCCGAAAUGAUGGCUAAACACAGGCACACCGAGAUAAAAAAUUAAAAAAAGGAAACUCACGGUGCGCCAACACGCUAGAGACAGGGACCGGAAUCGAACGAAAUCAAACAGGAAUAGUGGUGUGAUAGAACAUCUGAUCAAAACGUGUACGAUUGUAUGUGCUGGGCCCUGAGUAGGGUGACCCCCUACUUAUUAUUGGGGCUCGAGUUCGGAGAACAAAAUAUAUAUUGAAAUCUAACGUCUAUCUUAGGGAA